CUUUUCAGUGCAUCACAAUUCAAUUCAGUCUCGACUUCGACAGAGAGCGUACACCCAGGCGAAAUCAAUGGCGGCGGCACUGUCGUGUAAUCUUUCCUCCGGUAGCUCGGCUGACGCGGUCUCCCUCUCAUCGUCGUCUUGGCUCUCGCCUCCUGCUAGAAAGCUGCGGGGAGCCUGCGGCUUCGCGGUCGCUGCUCCUGUAAUCCGCCGACGAAUCUCAUGCCAGGCUGUUUCUUCUCUACCCUCGUCUGCUGUAGAUGGGAAAGCUAAAGCUGGUUUAAAGGAUUUUCUCCACAUUGAUGAUUUUGAUAAGGACACCAUCCUUAAGAUCUUAGAUCGAGCCAAGGAGGUCAAGGCCCUGAUAAAAUCAGGAGAAAGGACAUAUCUUCCAUUUAAAGGGAAAACUAUGGCAAUGAUAUUUGCCAAGCCAUCAAUGAGGACAAGAGUUUCUUUUGAAACUGGAUUCCAUUUGCUUGGUGGACAUGCCAUCUACCUCGGACCAGAUGAUAUCCAGAUGGGUAAGCGAGAGGAAACUCGUGAUGUUGCUCGAGUUCUAUCACGCUACAAUGAUAUCAUCAUGGCUCGAGUUUUUGCCCAUCAGGACAUUCUGGAUCUCGCUAAUUAUGCAACCGUACCUGUGAUCAAUGGGUUAACAGAUUUCAACCAUCCUUGUCAAAUUAUGGCUGAUGCACUUACAAUCAUUGAACACAUAGGUCGACUAGAAGGGACAAAGGUCGUGUAUGUUGGAGAUGGCAACAACAUUGUACACUCCUGGUUGCUGUUGGCGUCAAUUAUUCCUUUUCACUUUGUGUGCGCAUGCCCUAGAGGUUUCGAACCUGAUCCAAGAACAACUAAGAAAGCAAUAAAGGCAGGAGUCGGAAAGAUAGAAAUAACAAAUGAUCCUAAAGAAGCUGUUAAGGGAGCGGAUGUUGUCUAUUCAGAUGUUUGGGCCAGCAUGGGGCAGAAGGAAGAAGCUGAAUAUCGUCGUAAAGCUUUUCAAGGGUUCCAGGUGGAUGAGGAACUUAUGAAACUUGCCGGUGGCGAUGCCUAUUUCAUGCAUUGUUUGCCUGCCGAGAGAGGUGUUGAAGUGACGGACGGCGUCAUCGAAGCUUCCAACUCCAUAGUCUUCCCUCAAGCUGAAAACAGGAUGCAUGCUCAAAAUGCCAUCAUGCUUCACGCCCUUGGACUUUAAGUUGGUUCGAUCCGAUUGGGGUUAUGUUUCCAGAACACUUUGCUGUUUAGAUUAUCAUAUCAUCUUUUGGCUCUCUGUCCCGUUUACGAUGGAAUUUAGCAUUUGGUCGAGCUCCAGUUUUCCUUUCUA